CGUAAAAUGGAAUUCAACAUAAACAAAGAAAAGAUAAUUUCUAAAAAUGUUACAAACUAAACCAACAUCAUGAACAUCCAUACAUAUUCUCUCCCAUGUUUUAUGUCAGAUAAACUACAAAUAACUCCAAAUAUUCACCUGUCAUUACUUAUGCACACCACUAUCCUCUUUGAUAUAUCACUAGCUCUUAAAUUUGACUAAAACUAACUAUAUGGUUUAUUUAUUUAUUAGUCACAUAAUAUAGUGAAUCACACACAUUUUCUUUUCUUCCUCAACCACUUCCUCACAAAUUAUUUGGUCUAAAUUAUGGAAAACUAAGUCUUAAUCAAUGAGAAUGAAGAAGAACAAGUUUUUCAUCUUCUUCUGCUACAUUGUCAUAGAUUGUUUCUCUUACACUUUUUCUACUACAACCACAAAUGAUGAAGUUUCAUCUUUGCUUUCAAUAAAAUCAGGUCUCGUUGAUCCUUUCAACACUCUUCAUGAUUGGAACAAAAAUGAUGCAUCUCAUUGUAACUGGACAGGAAUCAAAUGCAACUCAUUUGGAACUGUUGAAAGCCUUGAUCUCUCUCACAAGAAUCUCAGUGGUAUAGUUUCCAAUGAUAUUCAAAGACUUAAAACUCUUACUACUCUUAAUUUAUGUUGCAAUUCAUUUUCAUCACCAUUACCAAAAUCCAUAUCCAAUCUCACCACAUUGAAUAAUCUUGAUGUAAGUCAGAAUUUCUUCAUUGGUGAAUUUCCAUUAGGCCUUGGAAGAGCAUUAAGACUUACAACAAUAAAUGCAUCAAGCAAUGAGUUCACAGGUUCACUUCCUGAGGAUCUUGGAAAUGCAACUUCUUUAGAGAUGAUUGAUCUUAGAGGAAGUUUCUUUGAAGGUUCAAUUCCAAAAUCAUUUAGCAACUUGCAUAAGUUGAAGUUCCUUGGUUUAUCAGGGAACAAUCUCACUGGAAAAAUUCCUGGUGAGCUUGGAAAAAUUUCAUCAUUGGAGUAUAUGAUUCUUGGAUAUAAUGCUUUUGAAGGUGAGAUUCCAAAAGAGUUUGGAAAUCUCACUAGUUUGAAGUAUCUUGAUUUGGCAGUAGCUAAUCUUGGUGGUGAGAUUCCAAAUGAAUUUGGAAAUCUCAAGUUGUUGGAAACACUUUUCUUAUACAACAACAAUUUUGAUGGAAGGAUUCCACAUGAAAUUGGUAACAUGAGUUCUUUAAAGUUUUUGGAUCUUUCUGAUAACAUUUUGUCAGGAAAAAUUCCAGAUGAAAUAAGUCUUUUGAAGAAUUUGAAGCUUGUGAACUUCAUGGGAAACAAGUUAUCUGGUUUUGUUCCUUCUGGUCUUGGAAAUUUGCCUCAACUUGAAGUUCUUGAGCUAUGGAAUAAUUCUUUGUCAGGUCCAUUGCCUAGUAACCUUGGCGAGAAUUCGCCAUUGCAAUGGUUGGAUGUAUCAUCCAAUUCAUUUUCUGGAGAGAUUCCAAAAACUCUUUGCAGCCAAGGGAAUCUCACCAAGCUUAUACUUUUCAACAAUGCUUUUUCAGGUCCAAUUCCAUCGAGUCUAUCGAUGUGUUAUUCGCUUGUUCGUGUUCGAAUUCAGAACAAUUUUCUUAUAGGGACAGUCCCUGUUGGUCUUGGAAAGCUUGAGAAACUUCAAAGGUUAGAAUUAGCUAACAAUAGUCUCACUGGUGGAAUUCCAGAUGAUAUUCCUUCUUCCACUUCUCUUUCUUUCAUUGAUCUCUCAAGAAAUAAACUUCAUUCUUCUCUUCCUUCCACUAUUCUUUCCAUUCCAAAUCUUCAAGUUUUCAUGGUUUCCAACAACAACUUACAAGGUAAAAUACCAGACCAAUUUCAGGACUCCCCUUCGCUAACCAUUCUUGAUCUCUCAUCGAAUCAUUUGUCCGGAAACAUUCCAGAAAGCAUAGGUUCAUGUCAGAAACUGGUGAAUUUGAACCUUCAAAAUAACCUUUUGAUAGGUGAAAUCCCAAAUGCAUUAGCUAACAUGCCAACAUUAGCCAUGCUUGAUCUUUCAAACAAUUCUUUGACUGGUCAUAUACCAGAAAACUUUGGUUUAUCACCAGCUCUUGAAUCAUUUAAUGUCUCAUACAACAAGCUUGAAGGUUCUGUGCCAGAAAAUGGUAUGCUAAGAACUAUAAAUCCAAAUAAUCUUGUUGGCAAUGCUGGCCUAUGUGGUGGUGUCUUCCUUCCAUGUGAUCAAAACUCAGCAUACUCAUCAAGGCAUGGAAGUAUACAUGCAAAACACAUUAUUACAGGAUGGAUCAUUGGAAUUUCAUUAAUUCUAGUCAUUGGAAUUACAAUUUUGGUUGCAAAAUCUGUAUAUGUAAGGUGGUACACUGGUGGUUUUUGCUUCAAAGAGAGAUUUUAUAAAGGUCACAAAGGGUGGCCAUGGAGAUUGAUGGCAUUUCAAAGGCUUGGAUUUACAAGUACUGACAUUCUAGCUUGUAUCAAAGAAACAAAUGUGAUUGGAAUGGGAGCUACCGGCGUUGUUUAUAAAGCCGAGAUAUCGCAAUCUAAUACAGCGGUCGCAGUGAAAAAGUUGUGGAGAUCAGGAACUGAUAUUGAAGUAGGAGGAGGAGGAGGAAGUGAUGAACUUGUUGGAGAGGUAAAUGUUUUAGGAAGACUAAGGCAUAGGAACAUUGUUAGACUAUUAGGAUUUCUUUAUAAUGACACUGAUUUGAUGAUAGUUUAUGAGUUUAUGCCCAAUGGAAAUUUGGGAGAUGCCUUGCAUGGUAAGCAAGCUGUUAGACAGCUUGUGGAUUGGGUUUCAAGAUAUAACAUAGCUCUAGGAGUUGCUCAUGGACUUGCUUAUCUUCACCAUGACUGUCAUCCGCCAGUUAUCCAUCGUGACAUCAAGUCUAAUAAUAUACUUCUUGAUGCAAAUCUUGAGGCAAGGAUAGCGGAUUUCGGGUUAGCCAAGAUGAUGAUAAGGAAGAAUGAAACAGUCUCCAUGGUUGCUGGAUCCUAUGGCUACAUUGCUCCUGAAUAUGGAUAUGCUUUAAAGGUGGAUGAAAAGAUUGAUGUUUACAGUUAUGGAGUAGUAUUACUGGAGCUUCUAACAGGAAAGAGGCCAUUAGAUCCAGAAUUUGGAGAGUGUGUAGACAUUGUAGAGUGGAUUAGAAGGAAGAUUAGAGACAACAAAUCUCUAGAAGAAGCAUUAGAUCCAAGUGUAGGAAACUCCAAGCAUGUUGUAGAAGAGAUGCUUUUAGUCUUAAGAAUAGCAGUUGUUUGCACUGCUAAGCUUCCUAAGGACAGACCAAACAUGAGGGAUGUCAUAAUGAUGCUUGGAGAGGCAAAGCCUAGAAGAAAAAGCAGUGGCAACAAUGAAACAUCAGCAGCAGCUAACAGCAACAAUAAGGAGAUGUCAGUUUUUAGCACAUCACCAGUUAGUGGUCUUCUAUAGGAACUAAAUUUGAGUUUCACUAUGUAAUUUUGUAAUCAGUGAUGCAGUAUUUUGUCUAAAAUAUUUAUUGAUGGCCAUAAUCAAAAUGUAAUGAUUAAUUUAUGCAAAUAAAUUUUCUUUGUAUCCUUAUUUUGGUAUAGAAUUCAGUAGAAAACAAGAUGAAGUAAGCAAUUGUACUUGUAGCUAUUUAUCCUUUGAAUGGUAAUGAUCAUAAUUCAAAA